AUGUCAACUUUAGUACCGACACUUAACUAUUUGUCAUCCACAUCACCACCGUCUCAAACAACAAUCAUACAACAAUCACCAAAAAAUUAUCACCAGGAUAUCUAUCAUCAACAAAUAUGUCAACAACGACAAUUAUUAACACCAUCAUCCAAUUACGCUACUACCAAUAACCACCCAUAUCAAACCACACAAGGAAAAAAUAUUAUUUGUCAAACACGUGAUCAAGAAACAGAUUCUGAUUGUGAUUUAGAUAGUUCAUCAAAUUCAAUAUUAUCAGGAUCAUCGACAAAUAACAAUAACAAUAAAUUGAAAAAACGUCGUGCAAACUUGCCAAAAGAUAGCGUUCGUAUAUUAAAAAAUUGGUUAUAUGAGCACCGAUAUAAUGCCUACCCAACGGAUGAUGAAAAAGCAAACCUAAGCAGACGUGCUGAUUUAACGAUAAAUCAAGUGUGUAACUGGUUUAUAAAUGCUCGACGACGAAUUUUACCUGAUUUAUUAAAAAAAGAAGGCACUGAUCCUAAAAAAUACACAAUAUCAAGAAGAUUUUCAAGGGAUAAUAAACGUUCAUCAUCACUGGUAACGAGCGAUGUAGAUGGUAAUAACAAUAAUAGUAGUCAUAUCAAUAAUAUUAUAUCGAAUUCGAAUGAAAAUACCGCCACAACCACUACCACGUCUAUCAUAACGUUAAAUAAUGGCGCAUUCAAUGAUAAUAAUCGAACAAUGAGCAGAGUUCUAUGUGUUCCACCACUUCCUCCACCUACACCACAAACACCCAGAAAUAACAUAAAACUAAAUGUUAUUGUUUCACAAAGUUCAUUUUACGGUGGCGAUUUAGAUCUGCGUCCAUCACCAGUCAAACUUGAGAUAUCAUCAUCUUCUAUAUUGUCAAAUUCACAAUUAUUAAACACGACAACUGCGAAAGAAUUAACUGAAACAUUACCGGUAUCAACUACAGCAACUAAUGCAGGAGCCACAGCAUCAGUAUUGUUACCCAUUCGGACAACGACAACAUGUCCUAGCAACAACUAUUUGACAACUCAUCCAAAAGGAAAAUCUUUAUAUAUUCCAACAAUGGAUAAUUCUUUAGCAUCGAAUAACAGCAAUUUAACGGUUGUUUUCAAUAAUAGUAAUAGUAGUACUAUAGCAUCUGAAAUACAUCCUAAUAGAUCGACAACAUUAACGCCUCCAACAACACCAUCGAUAGCGCGUCCACCAAAAUACUUGUCAGAAUGUAUCACGUCAAUUAUAUCACCGCCACCAACACCGAUGUCGUCGUCAAUAUCGAAUGACUUUUAUCAACAAAAAAAUACUAAUGAUGAUGCAUUUACUCGCUCAACAUCAUCAACAACAUUUGUACUUCAUACGGUACUUUCGGAAUUGAGAAAACGUCAAUUAACAUCUUCGUCAAAUGACAGUGAAGAAGUAAUUAUUACAAAGAUAAAAAGUUGUGAUAAUGAGUUUGAUAAUAAUCAAUUGUUGUAUUCUCGACAACAACAAUCACCGUCAGAAGCUGAUGAUGAUAAUAAUAAUGCUGCUAAACGUUUUCGUCUCGAUAAAACAGCAUUACCUCCACCUCCGUCGUCGUCGACAUCAUCGUUGCCAUCUCCUUCUUCAAAUAAUGGUGAUUUAGCCGGUUUUCAAUUACUCGUUGAUGUUGCUGUCAAAGAAUUACAACGUAUGCAAGAUGAUCCAACGGCAACGACAAAUCAACAAAAUCAAUAUGUAGCCUUAUUGUGCAAUUAG